AUGAGGCCCAGCAGCUUCUUGGUCUUGGCGGCAUUCCUUAUCCUUGGGAUUCUGGCGGCACAGGCGGCUGCCACAGUUUUUCCUAAAGGGCAAGGCACUGACAGAGUUCGUGUUCUGGUCAAAGGACAAGAUCCGGUUAGAGGUCAAGAUACAGUCAAAACCAAAGAUCUGCCCAAAGGUCUAGGGUCCACUAAGCCUGGCUCCUGCCCCAACAUUCUGAUACGGUGCGCCAUGAUGAACCCCCCUGACCGCUGUCUGCGAGACACCGAGUGCCCAGGGGCCAAGAAGUGCUGUGUGGGCCCUUGUGGGAAGGCCUGCUUGGAUCCCCGAUGAGGUGGGGCCUGUCCUUGAUGCACCUGUGAAGUCCCCAUGGCUGCUGGCCCCGGCCCCGUCACACCACCCCCUCCCGCCCGCACCUUCUCCCUCGCACUCAGGAUGCCCAAGCCCGGACGUGGCUGCUUCUCUCGUUGACUUUGCAAUAAAAGACCACUUUCUGC